AUGUUGAUGAAAACACACAAUCGCCAAAUGGGAGGUUUUGCUUUGACCUCACUGGCCUGUCUACUUUGUGGCAUCUCCAUGAAGCUUCCUCAGUGGCAAGUGUGGUACUAUGAAGACCCUGUGAUUUCCAAGCCUACAAUGGCUUUUGUGGGAAUAUGGAAAACCUGUGUUUUCCACAAUGGCAACAAUUCCAGCGAUAUGAAAAUAUGUCACCAAUACAACUACCGUGACUCCUUCAUUCCAUUUUAUAUGCAAAUAAACCAGCACCUGCUGCUGGUGACUAUCGUUUUUGUGGUCUUUGGGAAAAUCACCACCAUUAUUACUCUUUGGAUUUUGUGUAUGGGAAAAGUGUGGAGGAAUGUCACUUGCAAUCUAUUCAGACUUUCGGGGAUUCUGAAGAUCAUUGCUAGCAGCUUACUUUUUCUGACUGUUUUGCUCAAUUACAUAUCCAUCAUGUGUAAAUGGGGGGUUGCCUUUCCACCAUCUUUUAAUAUGCCUUCUGACCCAGACACUCAGAAGAUUGGUAGUGCCAUGAUUCUGGCAAUUAUGUCUGCAGUUUCUUUCCUAAUAAGUGGCACAAUUUGCCUUCCUUCAAAUUUAGCCAUAGUCGAGACACCAUGUUCUAAAAUUUAA